AUGGCCUCUACCUUACCUGUGCAGCCCGCUCUGUUGAAGAUCGCCAAGGCCGCCUAUUCUUAUUGGAAGGAAUGCAGAGUCGAGCGAGGCGGCCACCAUAUCAUACCCACAUUAAAUGGCGAUGAAUCUGACACCCUUAAUGAAUCCUACAUUUGUUUCCAGCGGAGAGAGAGCAAAGCAGUCCGCAAGAUGAGGGCACAGCAAAUCGAUGAGGAGCUCUUGGUAGACAAGGAACGGCUGGUUAAAAAACUGGAAGUUGUUCGAGUGGGAGGACUCAAGAUAAGGACAGAUAAUCAAGCUUCGACUCCUCGUCCAGAAAUUAUCAUUAGGCCGAAGGAGCAACUCGUGAUGAUUCGUGAGCAGAUCGAGUCGCAGCUGGCAAGACAGAAGGAUAUUGAUCAUCACUGGGAUGACCAGAUUGAUAACCCCUACCAAACCCACCUGGCUCCUUAUGCUUGCAGACUCUUCAAAUACAUACCUCCUCCUGGUGCUCCUGCCUGGCCUUCGUCCAGCUCUGAUAAGACUAACAAAGACAGCGCCCCUCCAUCCCUUCCCCCUCCACACCAAUCUCGUGCCGCUCAUAUGUGCUAUGGCAGAGGAGGAAGUCGAAGGUGGCAUCUGGAGGAGAGAUGGAAGUACGACUUGGAUGAUGUCCCUCCUGUGGGUCCUGAAGGAGCAGAUGAGCAAGAUCGCAUCUUGGUGGAUGAUUAUGGUGCAAAGUACCUGCGGCAUAGUAUGAUACUCCACUUAGAUCCCGACCACCUACAUCUUGUCACUGACCCUACUCUCAUCCUUACAAAUUCCGAAGGCUGA